UUCAGAAAAAUCAUUUUUCUUCUCUGGAGGGUGAACAUUUAUAGCAUUGAUUUCACGGAUCUGAUAACAUGGCAAAAGAUGCCGGUCUAAUUGAAGCCAACGGGGAACUAAAGGUCUUCAUAGACCAGAACCUUAGUCCUGGAAAAGGUGUUGUGUCCUUAGUAGCUGUUCACCCCUCCACAGUAAACACGCUUGGGAAGCAGCUCUUGCCAAAAACGUUCGGACAGUCAUCCAAUGUCAACAUUACACAGCAAGUGGUAAUUGGUACGCCUCAGAGACCUGCAGCGCCAAACACUAUCGUGGUAGGAAGCCCACACACCCCUAACACUCACUUUGUCUCACAGAACCAGCCUUCAGACCCCUCACCUUGGUCUGCCGGGAAACGCAACAGGAAAGGCGAGAAGAACGGUAAGGGCCUGAGGCACUUCUCCAUGAAGGUCUGUGAGAAGGUGCAGAGGAAGGGAACCACGUCCUAUAAUGAGGUGGCCGACGAGCUGGUCGCAGAGUUCAGUGCCGCCGAUAACCACAUCUUACCAAACGAAUCCGCUUAUGAUCAGAAGAACAUAAGACGGCGAGUCUAUGAUGCCUUAAAUGUGCUGAUGGCCAUGAACAUCAUCUCCAAGGAGAAGAAGGAAAUCAAAUGGAUCGGCCUGCCCACCAACUCAGCUCAGGAAUGUCAGAACUUGGAGGUAGAGAGACAAAGAAGACUUGAAAGAAUAAAACAGAAACAGUCUCAACUUCAAGAACUUAUUCUACAGCAAAUUGCCUUCAAGAAUCUGGUGCAGAGAAACCGCCAGGCAGAGCAGCAGGCUAGCCGGCCACCUCCGCCCAACUCUGUCAUCCACCUGCCUUUCAUCAUUGUGAACACCAGCAAGAAGACCGUCAUCGACUGCAGCAUUUCUAAUGACAAAUUCGAGUAUCUAUUCAAUUUUGACAACACGUUUGAAAUCCAUGACGACAUAGAAGUGCUGAAGCGCAUGGGGAUGGCCUAUGGACUGGAGUCUGGAAGCUGCUCUGCUGAAGACCUGAAAAUGGCAAGAAGCUUGGUGCCGAAAGCACUGGAACCCUAUGUGACAGAAAUGGCUCAGGGAUCACUCGGCAGCGUAUUCCUCACGUCAGCGGUUUCGACCUCUAACGGCACAAGGCUUUCUGCCAGUGACUUGACCAACGGUGCGGAUGGGAUGCUGGCCACAAGCUCCAGCGGGUCUCAGUACAGCGGGUCCAGGGUGGAGACUCCCGUGUCCUACGUCGGGGAGGAUGACGACGAGGACGAGGAGUACGAAAACGACGAGGAAGACUGAAGUGUGUGCUCACAGACCCCGCUCCCCUCAAGUUCAGCUUCAGGAAAACAUGUUUAGGAAAGAGAAACUUUUCUUAAUGUGGG